CUGAGGAAAACCUACCCUCUUCCCGUGCCACCCCUUUCCCGAACGCGGGGAGAGGCGUUCGGAAGUCGGUCGUCUCUUCGCGCGCUGGCGAUGGCGGACGACCAGUCGUCUUCCUCCUCCGGGAACCCUACACUUGACCCCAACUCUAGGAAGUCCGUACACCAGUGUCUUGGUGGUGGAUCAGUUGCUGAUAUCCUGCUAUGGAGGAGUCGGAACGUCUGCAUUAUGAUUCUUGUGGCUUCUUCCACCGUCUGGUUGCUCUUCGAUAGGAUGGGAUACAGCUUCGUGUCGUUCAUCUCGAACGUCCUCCUUCUCCUCGUUUCGAUCCUCUUUUUCUGGGCGAAAUCCGCGUCUCUUCUCAACAGGCCGCUUCCACCUCUUCCAAAUCUCGAACUAUCGGAAGAUUGCGCGGUGAAGGCUUCUGAUUUGGCAAGGUUCUAUAUUAACUCCGUGCUGGCGGUAGCGCGUGAUAUUACGACUAAGAAAGAUGUGAAGCUUCUUCUUAAGGUUGUUAUUGGUUUGUGGCUUCUUUCUUACGUAGGAAGUUUGUUUAGCUUCCUGACAUUUGUCUAUAUAGGAAUUAUUAUAUCUCUUUCGGCUCCAGUACCGUACGAAAAAUAUCAGGAUCUAAUUGAUGAAAGAUUGAGUGCGACCCACAGUGUUGUUCUAAAACGAUACAGAGACGUCCAGGGAAUGGUUCUUAGCAGAAUUCCAUUAUCAUCGAUGAAGGAGAAGAAGACCCAGUAGAGAUCAGGGUGGAUACUUAGUUCUUGGCUUUGGGCCUUCGGCUUCCAAAUGGCUAUUUUGAAGAAAGGAGGUGCUUUCUGGUUGUAGAAUCGUAGUUGCUAAUGAAUUUGUAUCUCUUUCCGCUUACGCUUGCAAUUGGUGUUUCUGCUUCUCCACUAAGCUGUCCAAUAGUGUUCUCGAGACAAGGUAGUUAAUCAAGCUGCAAAUUUCUAUUA